UAGUAGCAUACAAAAAUUUCGUCCACCAAGGUAAAUCAGUCAGUUGAUACAUAAAACCAAAUAGACAAUAUGAAUAAAUUUCUUACGAAACUAAUAGAAAAUCUGUCAAUAAUCCACAUUAAACAGCUUCAAAAUAAGUCAAGUUACAAAUACGGAGAUUGUGAUUUUUGCAUCGGCAGUGAACAGUCAAAAGCUGUUUUAAAUAUUAUAAAAGAAAACGUAGAUCCUCCAAAUUUCAACGAUGUCAAUGAUGGCGUGGAGAAAUUGCUAAAAAAAUAUAACAGUUUGUACCAAGCUAGAGAUGAAAGCAAUAAAAGGUUAGUACCCAUGGUUUACAAUACUUUGUUAACAAUUUUUGUCAACACCACCCAAUUGGAGAGGCAGAAAUACUACCAAAUGUUAUUAGACAUGUACUAUAAUAAUUUAAAUAAUUUUGCAAACAAAUGGGAUGGAUGUGAGGUGUUACCAACUAGAGAAGAGUUUGAAUCUCAAAUAAAAGACCUUAUACCACACGUUAAGCUAGAUAUGGUAAGACAAGCUAAAGAACAAGGUAGGAGUAAAGUGUUAGAAUCUGUUAGUGAAUUGCUAGAAGUGUUUCUGUAUCCACAAAUAUUUAGGGAAGAUUGCUACAAAAUUGUUACUGGAACCUUAAGAUCUAGCGAAUAUAUAUUCAAUAAAUUUGAGGUUGUGCACAGUGGAGGAAACUUGGGUUUAUUAGGAGACUACUUUAAAAUUAACAUUUUCUUCAAUUUCAAUAACAAGGAUCAAACCAUCCGUUGUUUCGCAAAAUAUUUACCAGUUACAAAUGAAAUAACCUUAUUAGUUGCGAAGGCUUGUUUUAAGAAAGAAAUAUUUAUGUAUAGUGAAUUUAUGCCAUCAGUCCUUUCUUUAGGUAUCAACGAAAUUGAAGAUGUUGCACCUCACUGUUAUUUGAUAAAAAAAUAUGACUGUAUCAUUCUAGAAGAUUUAUCAUCUAGUAAUUACGUUGUUAAACCUAUGGAACUGCCCGCAGAAUAUGAUUGGCUGGCAAUAGUUACUAAGCAACUAGCCAAAUUACAUGCAUCUUCGUGGGUAUACGAGGAAAAGAUGUCUGCAAAAUCUGGCAAAGUGAUACGGAUCAGUGAAUUGUAUAAGGAUCAUCUUAAAGAGUACUUACUAAGCGAUGAAGAACCAGCUGGUGUUCCGUUCUUACAAGGGUGUAAAUUCAUGGUGUCCUACAUCUUAGAACAGUUUCCCGAUUUGACCGAAGGUAUGGAAUUAUCGGAAUUAAAGAAAGUGGUGAAGGCAGCUUUCAAGGAGAUGUACAAAAAUGUUGGUGAAUCAAAAAAGUUUAGGAAUGUUAUCUGCCAAGGAGAUAUACAUUCAAACAAUAUUUUAGUGAAAUACAAUGAAGAUAAUAAGCCAGAAUCUUGUAAACUUGUAGAUUAUCAAAUUUCUAGGUACUGCAGUCCUGUUGUAGAACUUUUAGUUCACUUAUAUAUGAAUACUAACAAAGCGAAUCGAGAAAAAUAUAUGGAGAUUUUAUUAGAUCUUUAUCAUGCAGAACUGACUAGAAUACUUGGUCGAUAUGAUAUUGAUAUAAACGAAAUUUUAACAUAUUCUUCAUUCUUAGAAGCUGUUAACGAAUUUAAACUUACAGGAAUGUGUAUAACAGCUACUUAUAUUCAAAUUUUAUUCAUUCCUAAACAUUUAUUGCAAGAUUUGAACACAAACCCAGAAAAAGCUGCUCAGUAUUAUGUAGGAGAGAGAAAAGAAGGAUUUGAGCAAUUUAUGAAACACGAUUCAUUUAAAAAUAAAUUGAUGGAGAUGGUUGAAGAAAUGUAUAAUGAAAUAAAAAGAAGAAAUAAUUAAAACGCCUUUAUUUAUAAAAAAUAAGUAUUUAAAAAUGUAAAGAUAUUUUGGAUUUAAAAUAAAUACAUUUAAUGUU